AUGUCUGGCUACGAUCCCUACAACCAAGGUCAAUACGGCCACGGCGGCCACGGCGGCUACCAGCAGGGCGGCUACGGUGGUCAGGGCUACGGUGGUCAGGGCUACGGCCAGGGUGGCUACCCCCCUCAACAGGGAUACGGCCAGCCUCAGGGCCAGGGCUAUGGUCACCAGCAGCACGGUCAUGAGCAUUACGGCCAGCAGCAACACCACCAGCAGGGCUACUACGGCCAGCAACCCUAUGACCAGCACCAGUACGGCCAGCAGGGAUCUCACGAACAAGCUCCCGACGGCGCCCAGGACGGCGAGCGUGGUCUUGCCGGUGCUCUUGCAGGCGGUGCUGCCGGUGGUUUUGCUGGUCACAAGGCCAACCACGGUUUCCUCGGAACAAUCGGUGGUGCCAUCAUGGGUAGUAUCGCUGAAGACGCCGUCAAGAAGCACAAGAACAAGGACGAGGGCCAUCAACAGCCUCCGGGCUACGGUCCCCCUUCGCAGUACGGUGGUUCCUCGCACGGCGGUUCCCAGGGCGGUUCUGGCAUGAUGGACCAGCUCGGUGGUUUCUUUAAGAAAUAG